GCCAGGAGUUCAACUCGCCUUUGCCCGGCUUUGGUAUGGUAGAUGUGUCCUCCGGCCGCGGGGCUGCGCUGUGUGCUCGCGGAGAUCAGUGACAGGGAGUCCCGGGGAGGAGAAAACAAGGCAGCAGGCAUGGAGGCCUCCGAACGCGGAGGCAGUAAAGUGAAGAAGACAGAGCAUCACCAUGUGAAGGUGGACGGUCCAGAGCUGUCCAAGGAGGAGAAGCUUCGCCUUCGAAAAGAAAAGAAACAGCAGAAAAAGAACAAGGAAAAAAGCCCAGCUGAGCCUACCAAGGAUGCUCCAAAGGUUGCAAGCACGUUACCGCAUACCCAGCCCGCCACCCCCCCUGCCACUCUGCCCACCAAUGUGGCGCCACCUGCAGGUGCAGCGGUUGAGGUGCCUGCUGGAGGAGGGAAGAGUAAGUCGGAGCUGCGAGCCGAGCGGCGGGCCAAGCAAGAGGCAGAGCGUGCGCAUAAGCAACAGAAGAAGACAGAGGUCGGCCCGGUGCCGGGGCAGAACAAGGUCAAGACGGCACCAGUUGAAGUAAAGCGUCUUCCUGAACGCGUCCAAGUGGAUGACCCGGCGGCACAGAAGAAGCUGGCAAAGAAACUGGAACGUCAGCAGGCGGUGGCGGGCAGGCGGUGCUCUCCGGCCCCGGAGGUGCAGGUUCCUCUCCGCCAGGACUACGGGGCCAAGGUCAGCAUGUUCUCCCAUCUCCACCAGUACAGCCGGAGGAUUCCUCUCACGCAGCAGAUGAGUAUCCCGUCUUCCGUGAUACACCCGGCGGUGGUCCGACUCGGCCUGCAGUACUCUCAGGGAAUCAUCAGCGGCUCCAACUCUCGCUGCAUUGCGCUGCUGCACUGCUUCAAACAGGUCAUUCGGGAUUAUAGCACCCCCCCUCACGAAGAGCUCUCGCGGGACCUCGUCAACAAACUGAAGCCUUAUAUCAGUUUCCUGAGUCAGUGUCGCCCUCUGUCGGCCAGCAUGGGAAAUGCGAUUAAAUGCAUUAAGAAGGAGAUCUUGAACACGAGCUCCUCCUGGGCGGAGGACGAGGCGAAGGCCACGCUGCUCUCCUACAUCGACCGCUACAUCCGCGAGAAGAUCCACCUGGCGGCUCAGGCCAUCUCCAAAUACGCAUCGGAGAAAAUCAGCCAGGACGACGUCAUUCUGGUUUACGGAUGCUCCUCGCUGGUGACCUUCACGCUCUGCGAAGCGCAUAAGAACGGGAAGAGCUUCCGUGUCAUCGUGGCCGACAGCCGUCCGCGGCUGGAGGGGAGGGAGACCCUGCGGCGGCUGGUGAGCUGCGGCGUUCACUGCACGUACAUUCUGAUCGCCGCCAUUUCCUACAUUCUGCCGGAGGUAUCCAAAGUGUUCCUAGGGGCCCACGCGCUGCUGGCCAACGGAUACGUCAUGUCCCGCGUGGGCACGUCACAGAUCGCUCUGCUAGCCAAAGCCCACAACGUGCCGGUCCUCGUCUGCUGCGAGACCUACAAGUUUUGCGAGAAGGUCCAGACGGACUCCUUCGUGUCCAACGAGCUGGAUGACCCCGAUGACCUGAUCCUGAGCCGGAAGGGCAGGUGUCCCCUGAAGCAGUGGGAGAAGAACCCCUCGCUGCGGCUCCUGAACCUGGUGUACGACGUCACGCCGCCCGAUCUGGUGGAUCUGGUGAUCACGGACCUGGGGAUGAUCCCGUGCACCUCUGUGCCCGUCGUGCUGCGGGUCAAGAGCGGGGAGCAGUAGCCGCGGGGGCCAGGGGGCCUCGUCUUCUCAGCCCAAUAAACUGUUGGACGCGCAGGAGGUCGGCCCCGCGGGAUUCUUCCACGAUGUUUAUUUAUAAAGGACGCGGGGGAGACGUGCCUGGGGGGCCGGGGGCCGGAGCACUCAUCUGAAAGGGGUUUCCCUCAUUAAAGUUACCGGCAGCUUGU